AUGGAGAAGUACCUGAGGCCGGAACCCGACUGUGUCUCGUAUGACGCCACCAUCCAGGUUCUGCAGGACUUAUACGUAAAGCCGAAGAACGAAGUGUUCGCCCGUCAUCUACUAGCUAUCAGGAGGCAGCACUCGGGUGAGAGUUUGGACGAAUAUUUACUGAAACUUCAUCAGCUCAGCAAGGACUGCAACUUCAAAGCUGUCACAACAGAGGCGAACAGAGACGAUUAUAUCCGCGACGUUUUUAUCAACGGUCUACUAUCUCCUAUGAUCAGACAGAAUCUCUUAGAAAACAAGACUCUUGAUUUAGCUACUGCGUUCGACCAGGCUCGCGCGCUCGAUCUGGCUCAAAGAAACUCCGUGUCCUAUCUUCGGUCUCAGGCUCCUAUGAACACUGCCGCUGUUACUUCACCUGAGAAAAUCGACAGUGAUGACUCUCCCCUCUUAGCUGCCACUCAACAACCAAAGUGUUUUUUCUGUGGUGGAGCACGGCAUAACCGACCUCAGUGUCCUGCGUGUGAUUUAACUUGCCACAAAUGCAACAAGAAAGGCCAUUUUGCGAAAGAGCACGAUGAAAAUCUGUCCAGAUUUCUUGAUAGAGCAAAAAAGUCAAUAUUCACCUUCAAUGAAGACAAAUCUGUCUUCUCAGAAACGUCGAUUGAUUUGCUGGGCUACACCAUAUCGCAUGGCACUCUCAAGCCAGACGCCGAUCGCUUUCGUCCUCUGAAGGAAUUGCCACUUCCGAAAGACUUACCUGCUCUACGACGUGUGAUAGGACUCUUUUCAUACUACUCUCAGAGGAUCUCGCACUUUUCCGACAAGGUUAGACCUUUUGUCAAGGCUCAGACAUUCCCUCUCCGCCUUCGAAAAUCUUAA